AAGGAAUAUGAAGUAAUGUAUUCUCUAGCUUGGGAGUCCACAAGGAAUACUUCAGACAUGGAGAAGAAAGCUGCUGGAAUGAUUUCAGGACCUGAAGUUCUGCUUUACCAAAUAAACGAUGAAUCUGGAGAAAGCAGUUCAACAAUUUCUAUAGAAGAUUUAAAAGAAUAUCUGAAAAAAAAAUUAGAUUUCUGUUUCUCCCGAGAAAAUUUAUCAAAGGAUCUUUACUUGACAUCUCAAAUGGAUGGUAAUCAAUUCAUUCCAGUAUGGACAGUAGCCAACAUGGAGGAAAUAAAAAUACUGACCACAGACCAAAAUUUAAUUCUUGAAGUGUUGAGAUCUUCUCCUCUAGUACAAGUUGAUGAAAAGGGAGAGAAGGUGAGACCAAGUCAUAAGCGUUGUAUUGUAAUUCUCAGAGAAAUUCCUGAAACAGCACCAGUAGAGGAAGUUAAAGCUUUGUUUAAAAAUGGAAACUGCCCCAAAGUGAUAAGCUGUGAAUUCGCACAAAACAGCACCUGGUAUGUCACUUUCCAGUCAGACACAGAUGCACAACAAGCUUUUCAAUAUUUAAGAGAAGAAGUUAAAACAUUUCAGGGCAAGCCAAUCAUGGCUCCUUUUCACACUGGUACUUUUGUGAAUGCCUUUACCUCACCAGGAUCAUAUGAAACAAAUGAUAUUGCUAUUAAUAUUUGCCCACCAUCCAAAAAAAGUCCUCAGAAGCCUCAUAUUAAGUCAACAGAGGGAUUGUUAUGAUUAAGUAAUGGAGUACUGAGCAGAUCUAGUUCAAGGAACUUUCACUCUGAACAACAUAACCCUACAGUAACAGGGAAUCAAGAACAAAUUUAUCUUUCAAAGGAUACUCCCAUUUUAGAGAUGGAUCCGAACGGGGACUUUGGUAGAAGCAAGAGAACUCUUUUGAGAGGUGGAAGACAAAGAGAAGCUGACAAGAUCGAAAGACCCCAGCUUUCAACAACUGAAGCAAAGGUUUCAACAUCAAAGUUUGACUUAGUAGCUACAAAUGUUCCUCCUUUACCUGGAAGUUCAUCAAGAAGGCCAGAUGAACUUGUGUUGGAGAAUAGAAUGUCUGAUGUCAUUAAAGAUGUCAAGAAAGAAAAGGAUAGUGAAGAAGUGAGUGUUAGUUUCCCAGUGCAUUCAGAGCAUGAAUGGAAAGACUUUGCUUCUGCCCAGCAACUCAGCUUAAAUCCCAGUCCUUCGUGCACUGCAGAGCUUCCUGCAGUAAGCACAACUCAGCAAGAGAAGGAUCAAAGGGAGCAUUCCUCACUUCGAAAGGAUGUUAUCAACCAGAUGACUGUACCAGUUUCCUCCCCAGCUAUUGCAAAGCCAUCAAGGCCACACACUGCUUCACCUUGCAGUAAUAAGGUAAACACACCCACAGCUGUGAGUCUACAGGAACCUGGAAAGUUAACUUAUUCUGAAGUGUGUUGGAAGCAUCCUAGAAAACCAGCUUCAGUUCCUGUACAACCGCUGGAAAUGCCUUCCAAUGUGGCAACUCCCACCAGAAAUAAAGAGAAUGGAGUGCCCAAGAAGCCUGUUGAGAAAACACACGAAAAACCAGAAAGAAGGUCUAGGAAGUAUCAUUCUGUCUUUCGAGGCAAUACCAUUCCACGGGGAGCAGCUGUAAAAAUCAGGGAACAGAGACACCAGUUUAGCCAUAGUGCUAAACCUCAGGGAGUGUCUCAAAGUAAAGGGAGAGAGCGGUUUGUCCUGCCCAGAUCACCAAAACAAAAGCAAAACGUAACAAAAACUACUCAGAAACUUGUCUCUUCCCACUAA